GCCGCUUUGUCCCUCUUUGUGCUCGUCGCCGCCAUCACUGCUGGCUUAUAGACUUUUGUUUCCCCGUCUCGCCCCUAGACUCGCCCGCCUUCAUGCCGGUUCUUCCUUAGCCGCGUCAUCCAACGCCUUUCUGCGAGCUCUCUUCUCUUCUUUUCGUGCGGGCACUUUUAUUACUUAGACGCUCUUUGAAUCUACAAAUUCUCCACUCGGCCACAUUCAGCAGGUCUGAAGCCUAUCGGCAUCCUCCGACAGGCGCUCUACGGUUACUGCACUCUCGCUCCACUUAGUAGUCAUGUCCUUCACUACCAGUCUAACGGGCCGCGAGCGGUCAAGAUGGCCGCCGCUUACCCGCAUGCUCAUGUCUGGCGAGAUGUCAGAGGAAAAGGGGCGAGAGUUGACGCGGAAAGAAAAGUUUGACGUCUGGAUGGUCAACGAGGGUUACCGAAGAUUCUUCGUCUUUACUUUUGCCAUUCUCCACGUCAUGGUCUUUGUCUUUGGUAUGAUGAACUACGGUCUAAAGGACAACAUCAUCAUAGUAAGACAAACCUUUGGUCUGACAUACCCCAUUGCUCGUUCAGCAGCUCUGGUCCUCCAUGUCGACGUCGCCUUCAUCCUGUUCCCAGUAUGCAGGAACCUAAUUUCCAUGGCUCGUCGCACGCCUCUAAACGACGUAAUCCCCUUUGACAAGAACAUCACCUUCCACAAGCUUGUCGCUUGGUCCAUUGUCUUCUUCUCCUGGGUCCACACCAUUGCUCACUGGAACAAUCUUGCCCGCUUCUCGGCCGUCAACAAUCUCGGGUUCAUGGGUUUCAUCCUCGCCAACCUUGCUACUGGUCCCGGUUGGAGUGGUUAUGUCAUGUUGAUCUGUUUGAUGGCGAUUGCGGUCACGGCAGCGGAAAAGGCUCGUCGCGCAAACUUUGAGCGUUUCUGGUACAUGCACCACCUCUUCAUCGUCUUCUUCAUCUUCUGGUCUAUCCACGGAGCCUUUUGCAUGAUUAAGCCCGACUUUGCGCCUUUCUGCGACGGUAUCGGUGUCUUCUGGGAGUACUGGAUGUACGGUGGAUUCGCGUACCUCGCUGAGCGUAUCGCGCGUGAGGUCAGGGGACGGCACAAGACGUACAUUUCAAAGGUCAUCCAGCACCCCAGCAACGUUUGCGAGGUCCAGAUCAAGAAGGAGCACACCACGACCCGUGCUGGACAGUACAUCUUCUUGUGCUGCCCUGAAAUCUCCAUCUGGCAAUAUCACCCCUUCACGCUUACUAGCGCACCCGAGGAAGACUACAUCUCCGUUCACAUCCGUAUGGUCGGUAACUUUACCAAAGCAUUCGGUCAAGCCCUGGGCUGCAGCACAGAGAAGAAGCCCGCCGGUGAAAAGGGUGAUAAGGGCGUCUCAAGCGAGGAGAUUGCUCUGCGCCAGAUUCUCCCCCGUGUCUACAUUGACGGACCUUUUGGUUCCGCUUCCGAAGAUGUGUUCAAGUUCGAAGUCGCCGUCCUCUGCGGUGCCGGUAUCGGUGUCACGCCCUUCGCAUCCAUCCUCAAGAGUAUCUGGUACCGCAUGAACUACCCCCAGGGCUCGCGCACACGCCUCCGAAAGGUCUACUUCUUCUGGAUUUGCAGAGAUUUCGGUUCGUUCGAGUGGUUCCGAUCAUUGCUGCUUGCUAUCGAGGCUCAAGAUGUUGAUGACCACAUUGAGAUUCACACUUACCUCACCGCAAAGAUCAAAGCAGACGACGCAACAAACAUCAUGAUCAACGACGCAAACGCCGAACAAGACGCCAUCACCGGUCUCCGCGCCCCUACAAACUUUGGUCGUCCAAACUGGGACAUGAUCUUCAAGUCCAUUCGCAAAAUCCAUUCCCCUGCCGAGGCCGGUGUCUUCUUCUGCGGUCCCAAGGGUCUCGGUUCCACCCUCCACGUCAAGUGCAACAUGUACUCCGAGCCCGGCUUCAGUUUCGUAUGGGGUAAAGAGAACUUCUAGUCUCGUGUACCGCGGACUCGCAUCCAAGGAAGACGAAUGAGGAUGGAAGGGAAUUGUUUGUUGGAGGAGGAAGAAAAAGAGUAAAGUGGAUUCGAGAUACCAUAACCCAUUUUUUCAUUUCCUUUUUUUUACACGCUACUUUACAAACCAUUUUGGGAAGCGAAUUUCUUGCAACCUUUAACUUAUUAUCCGUUGUACAUAUAGUAAUUCGCUCAUCUGGCUAUCACUACCAACUCCCUUUAUUCCUGUUGUCGUCCGCUUGUUUUUUUUGUUAUCUCCCAGUUUGUUUUUUUACAUCAUGUUCUCAGACUUAAUUCACUCCCAGCUGCAAGUCGGCUGCGACAAAUGUUCUUAAUGACCCAUCCUAGUAAACACA